GUCUGAUUUUCAUUUUCAUUUGAACCCCGUCUUCUUCGUCUCGGUCUCGGAGGUGUGCUUUUCCGUCCGUUCCGUUGUAGGUAUUUUGCUUCUUGGUGCGGGCCCGCAUGAGUCACACGAAGCGGCCAGGGGGGUCUGUGCAGGCAGAGACCUCCUCAGCUGCUGGUGUUUGCUGGUGAGGUCGAGGGAAACGGUGCGGUGGGUGGUAGAUCUGGUACGUCUACUAACUAAUAUAGCAAUUGUAGUUUUAGUUGCGGCGCGCGGUACACUUUUUUUUCCAUAUAUAAAUCAGAUCAUUAUUUUCCACCCCAGUUUAGUGUUGUACUAGCGGUGUUAGCGGUUGGAUUAAAGCGAAACGGUUAAACAAAGUGUGAACCUGCGGCGGGACAAAUUGCGGUGGAGAGUGUGGAGUGACGUUAGAACAGUUGAGGACUUUCGUUCUUUUUGUGAAUUAAAAGUGUGUAAUUGCAGAAUUAGAAAAAUGAUCGUCAGAUUUCUGGGAAUUGUGACAGUGUUCACAUCGCUCACACCUUCCCUCCUGGAAGCCCGCCCAGAGCCUCCCAUCCGUGGCGGUGGAGGAGGUCCCGGUGGCCCAUAUCCUCCAUCUCGACCCGAACCUCCGAACGGCGGCUACAGUUAUGGACCACCUCCCCUGCCACCGUCCAUAUCCGUCAACAGCUACGGCUCAGCGACCUCCGAGUACGGCCCACCCUCGCAGGCCCCCAUCAUCCACAAGCACGUCUACGUGCACGUUCCACCACCGGAGGAUGAGGUCCCUACCACUCGGAAGCCCAUCACCGUCCCUCCCCCGCAGAAGCACUACAAAAUCGUGUUCAUCAAGGCCCCAUCGCCGCCCUCGCAGGCCCCACCAGUGAUCCCACCCCUACCGCAAAACGAAGAAAAGACCCUUGUCUACGUGCUUGUCAAAAAGCAGGAAGAGCAACCGGAUAUCGUCAUCCCAACUCCGGCGCCAACGCCCCCCUCCAAACCGGAAGUCUACUUCAUCCGCUACAAAACGCAGGUGACAUCCCACAGAUCUCGGCAACCGCCCAAUCUCUCUAAACUAUUGAUCUUGUUUCUCUUGUUUCUCACCUACCUGCUACUGAUCGUGCCCCCGAACACUAACCGAACAGAAACAGGAUGGGAACGCCGGAGGUCCAUAUCCGGAGAGCGGCGCGCCCAGCGGAGGCAUCGGCGGCCCUAUCCCGUCUAUCAGCGGAGAGUACGGAGCGCCGCCGAGUCAAACUCCCAGCAACAGCUAUGGUGUACCGCUAUAGGUCGGUCCUGUCCGAGUAUAUCUAUCACAAGUUUCUCAAACUGUUCAGUUUGAAGGCCGGUGCGGUGGCGGCCACUGUCUGACUAUUUUAGUGCUUCUUAGCGUGUAGAAUGAUAGCUGCUAGUUGAUUUUUUUUAUUCCUGUCAAAGAAUACGUAUUAGAUUGUGUAAUUGUGAUAACACUGGUGAAAUAAAAGCCAGAC